AUGUUUAAUAUGUUUGAAAGAAAAAUUGUUGCUGAACAAACGGGAAAUACCCUUUUUAAAAAUGCUAUUGGAGAAAUAGAAACCGAUUUAAAUAAUGUAAAUUUACAAAGUAAAGCUCAUGAAAUUUUAGAAGAAAAUUGGAAGCAAGAGUUUGAGAAUAAAUUCAAGAAUAACCCAUAUUAUAGUUACCAUUUUCCGAAUGACGAUAUCAUUAAGAAAAAACCAUUAGUCAAAUUAAUUACAGACUAUAGAAAACACCACGGGAUGAUAACGAUUCAGGAAGCAAGAACUAUUGCCAUUAAAGAAAUUAAUGAUUGUUUAAAUGGUCAAGACUCAAUGGAACUAAAUUAUCUUAGUCCAAUAGUGGAAAUUACAAAUAACGAAUUAGAAAGAAGUAAUCAAACUUGGGAGAAACAAAUUGAACAAGCUACCAAUAUAAACGAAAUUGACCAAAUUAAAGAUCGAGUAAUAGCCAAUAUUAAUAAAAUAGGUUUCAGUAAAAGAAAACAACUUCAAAUAAUGGAUUAUUCUUACGGAGAUUUAAUAAAACGAAGGCAAUGCUUUACGUAUGAUGACAUUUAUUACGUUAAAUUUAUAACUAGUAAUCAAAUAGUCCUUUCGUCUUUCUUGUUUAUCCCGCUUCCCAUAAAAUUAUGGAGAUAUUUUAGAGUCUUGAAAGAAGUCCUAUAA